AUAUAUUCAUUGAUUCCCAAGUGUCUAAAACGUAUUCUUUAUUUAGUAUUCAAUUAUUAACAUACGAUUAAUAUAUUAAUCAACAAUUGUACCUACAUAUUUUCCCCAGAACAAUCUCAACAAUCUCAGUAAAAACAUCUACAUCAUCCCAAAUAUCAACAUGGAGAAUCUUCCCAAGGAACAAUGGGCACAAGUAGUUGAAGAAACUGGCAAACCCGUCGUCUACAAGAAAAUCCCCGUCCAAAAGCCCGGUCCUGAUGAAGUCCUCGUAAACAUCAAAUUCUCGGGUGUAUGUCACACUGAUUUACACGCUGUAAAUGGUGACUGGCCAAUAGACACGAAGCUUCCACUUGUAGGAGGACAUGAGGGAGCUGGUGUUGUCGUUGCCGUUGGUAGUCUUGUUGAAGAUGUGAAGGUUGGUGAUUAUGCUGGUGUCAAGUGGUUAAAUGGAAGUUGCCUCGCCUGUGAUUUCUGUCACCAAUCCGACGAACCCCUCUGCGCCAAAGCGCUUCUCUCAGGAUACACAGUCGAUGGAACGUUUCAACAAUACUGCAUCGCAAAGGCCGCACACGUCGCGCGUAUUCCAAAAGAAUGCGAUCUCGAAGCUAUCGCUCCCGUUCUUUGCGCUGGUAUAACCGUUUACAAAGGCCUUAAAGAAUCCGGAGUUCGCCCAGGUCAAACCGUAGCGAUAGUUGGUGCUGGAGGCGGCUUAGGCUCCCUUGCUUGUCAGUAUGCUAGAGCUAUGGGAUUAGAUAUCAUUGCAAUUGACGGAGGUAACGAGAAGAAAAAGAUGACACAAGAGUUGGGAGCGCAGCAUUAUGUUGACUUUAUGUCAAGUAGCAAUCUGGUCAAUGAUGUAAAGGCUUGCACACGCGAUGGAUUGGGACCUCAUGCUGUUAUUUUGGUUGCGGUCAAUGAGAAGCCAUUCCAGCAAGCUGCGGAGUAUGUUCGACCUCGCGGUACUGUCGUUGCUAUCGGUCUCCCAGCUGGUGCUUAUCUUCGUGCGCCUGUUUUCGAGUCAGUUGUCAAAAUGAUUACUAUUAAGGGAUCGUACGUUGGCAACCGACAAGAUUCUGCUGAGGCUAUUGAGUUCUUCAGACGUGGUCUUAUUAAGGCUCCAUAUAAGACAUGCGGUUUGAGCGAGUUGCAGAAAGUCUAUGACUUGAUGCACGAGGGCAAGAUUGCUGGACGAUAUGUGGUUGAUACCAGCAAGUGAUUGGGUUGAUUGUCAUUUGAAAUGGAAAGGAAUGGUUAACGGCGUGAAGCUAAGGAUCAAUAGGCUUUUGGGAGUGGAUUUGCAGGAUCUUAAUUUAUAGAUUAAACUACCUGUAUGGUGUUUGAGCGUGCAUAGUAGUAAUGAGAAACAAGAAAUUCAAUGUUUAAGCUCUACGAUGAAAGUUUGUG